CAUGUUAAGGUAAAGCCGAGGAGCGCGGCGUUGACCAUGCUAAAGCGCCUGGACAAGAUCCGCUUCCGAGGCCCCAGGACGAGAGACGAGUUCCCGGACCUGGGCGAGUCGCCGCCCGCCUCUGACGGCGAAUGUAACGACGACGUGCAGCCGAAGCCCAGGUCUGCUGCUGUGCGGGACAUGGAGGAGGUCCUGCGAGACCCUGCUGGUUCGGGGUCUCCCACCAUGGCAGCUGCCAUCCAGGAUUUCCAGAGGUCCGAGUCGGAGCGACUCAGUGAGGUCAAAGGUCAUUUGGAGAUUGCCUUAUUGGAGAAACAUUUCCUACAGGAGGAGCUGAAGAAACUGCGCGAGGAGACCAAUGUGGACUCUUUACGGCAGGAGCUGGAUCGAGAGCGGAGCAAAAGGGUGGAACUGGAGCAGAAGAUGAACGAGGCACUCCGAAGCAGGUUGGAGGACUCGCCACCGCAGCUCCCACGAAAACAGCAGUCGCCCUCCAACAAUGGAACAGCAGAGAAACAGCAGAAGGAGGUGUGGAGUUCUCGGCUGCAGAAGUGGCUGUACGAGCGCUUCGGGGGUUACAUCGAAGACUUCCGCUUCCAGCCAGAGGAGAGCACCGUGGAGGCCGAGGAGCCGCUAAGCGCUAAAAGGUUGACAGAAAACAUGAGACGACUCAAGCGAGGGGCCAGGCCUGUCACCAACUUCUUACGGAACCUCUCAGCCUUAUCCAACUGGCACUCCGUCUACACCUCGGCUAUCGCCUUCAUCAUCUACAUGAAUGCUGCGUGGCAUGGUUGGGCCGUUCCCAUGUUCCUCUUCCUGGCCAUUCUGCGCUUGUCCUUAAAUUACCUCAUCGCCAGAGGUUGGAGGAUCCAGUGGAGCAUUGUGCCUGAAGUGUCUGAACCCAUGGAGCCUCCAAAAGAAGACCUGACUGUAUCUGAGAAGUUUCAGCUCGUACUUGAUGUUGCACAGAAAGCACAGAACCUCUUUGGGAAAAUGUCUGAUGUACUGGAGAAAAUAAAAAACCUGUUCAUGUGGGUGCAGCCCGAGAGCACCAGGAAGCUUUACAUCUGCCUGUGGGUGGCUUUCAUCUCCUCCUGCGUGCUGCCGUACAAGCUGCUGGGCUUCAUGAUCGGUGUUUACGCUGGCAUCAAGUUCUUCAUCAUAGACUUCCUGUUUAAGAGCUGCCCAAAGCUCCGGGAUAAGUAUGACACGCCUUACAUCGUGUGGAACAGCCUCCCCACAGACCCCCAGCUCAAAGAGAGGACCAACGCCACUGUGUCACGCCGGGUUCAGCCAGUGGUGUCACGGAGCAGCCUCGUUACUGUCCCCUCUGGUGUGAGCAGAGAGGAGGAGACGGGUCGCUCUCACAGCGCCAAGAAGGGAGUCUUCCAUGAGAUCUUCAACCUGCCGGAGUCAGAGCGCCCUCUGGCGGUGUGCGAGAACGGCUGGAGGUGCUGUCUGAUUAACAGAGACAGGAAGAUGCCCACAGACUACAUCAGGAACGGAGUUCUGUACGUCACAGAAAAUAACCUUUGCUUUGAGAGCUCCAGCUCCAGAUCUGGCUCCUCCAAGAAGAACAAAGUGAUCAAACUGAUGGACAUCACAGAUAUCCAAAAGUAUAAAGUCUUGUCAGUCCUGCCUGGAAGUGGUAUGGGCAUCUCUAUAGCCACUCCUUCCACACAGAAGCCGUUGGUGUUCGGUGCCAUGAUCCACCGAGACGAGGCUUUCGAGACGAUCUUCACUCAGUACAUGAAGAUCAUGACCACCUCCAAACCGCCGGUCAGCGCUGAGCUUUAGACUGCCAGCUCUCCUCCACAGCGGGGCUGAAAACUCAGGCAGAGAGCCUCCUCCUUCCUCUGGUGACGGGUGUAGCUUCCUGAACGACGUCUUCAGCAGGUGGCUACUGCGCUUUAAACCGGAGGAGAUCCUGAAGGACUGAGAAUCAGUUUUUAUCAAUCAGAGGGG